AUGGAACAAAUUGUUAGCGCUGCACUCUUUGGGAUCAUUUCAGUUGUCACUUUAACAGGCAAUAUCCUUGUGGUUGUUUUGUUUAUAAAGAGACGAGACUGGCUUAAGAACGCUCAUACAUGUCUUUUACUGGCGCUAGCUAUUCAGGAUAUUAUAAUAGCAAUCAACCUGUCGGUGUUACCGGGAUUUGCUUUGCCUGCAGACGUCUACGACCUUCCUACACAUCCGAAAUUGAGAGAGUUGUAUUGCUCGUUAGUAUGGUCAUGGUACGUUCCAUUCGCCUUAUCCGUUGCAUCUAUCUAUACAUGUCUUAUGUUGGCUGUAGAUCGCUUACUUGCGGUUUGGAAACCUUCGACCUACAAACGCUUCUGUAGCUCCGCAAAAAUUAUCGCAACCAUGGUAAUUCUUCCCUGGAUUGCAGGCUUUGGAUUUGAAAUAACAACGGUAUUGAAUACUCAAAGUUCAAGGAAGGAUAACGGGUCUUAUGUGUGCAUGCGAGUGCAGGUCGGGAGAUCACCUGAAAAUAUGAUGACAUCCUUGUUGUUAUUUAUUGCAAAGGGUUUUUUUCCCGGAGUGCUGAUGACUAUAGCCUAUGGAAAAAUGAUGAUCACGAUAAAGCAAUCUUCCUUAAGAGUGUCGUGCAACACAACUGGUGCAAGUCAUCUUAGUCGUAAUAAAAUUAAAUCCGAUCUAGCAUUGAGAAGGAUCACGCGAAUGGUUUGCGCGGCCUCUGCUCUUGUGGUAAUUUGUUGGCUACCAGAUCGAAUCUAUUUUUGCCUUUUUGAGUUGAAUUUCAUAGAAAUUGAUAAUUCUAUGCACAAUGGAUUCCAUAUCUUGGCAUUUUUAAAUACCAGCCUCAAUCCUGUCCUUUACAACUUCUCCAAUAAGCAAUAUAAGGAUGAGUUUAAAAUUAUUUUGUGUUCCUUGUUUCGUCGAAAUCCUGCCAGCACAAAGACUAAAGAUAGCUGUACACAUCAUAAUAGGCAAGAAAGGGUUGGCUUUGACAAUAUAUCAGAGAGUAAUAGGAAACAGUAUGUGUCUUCAGUAUAG